CAUCACGGCAGCAGCAGCUUCAGAUGAUCAGCAAGCAUGGAGCACGAUUUCCCCCUCAACCAACGCCUUUAUUUUGACCAUUAGCAUGUUUCCAAUACUACACGAUUCGUAAAGACCAAUUGCCUUAUCUCCUUUCAAGAGAAUUGGUCUUGCGUGAUAUUUAUUUUGCGCCUUGGCUUUUUAAUGGAAAAUGGCGAUAUGUUCACAGUCUUGCAGCAUCGCCUGCCUGGUAUCUGUCCAGAUCAUUCUAAUUUUUUGCGUACCAUGGCUUGGAGUAGAGAGUCACAGGUUUCCUCAGCAGUAUACGAUAAUGCACUGGGCCCGGCGCAUCGAGCAGGAGAUUGACAGAGUACUGCAGCAUAUCAGCGGAGCCCAGCAGCUUAAGGGGAUCUACAGUGAGAAGAGGCGGCAGUACACGCUGGUGAAGAACAGUCCCCAGGAGAUGGUGGAGAAGGUGGCCUCCGACAUCGAGAAGCUCCUGGCCAAGAAACGCAAGGCCCUCACCAGGCUGGCCAAUGAGGCGGAGCGACUGCAGGUGGAACAUGCCUGGCAGGACAGCAUCAAGGAAAUGGACAUGAAGUACUACGAUUCCAAGGCAGACCUGGACUAUUAUGCCAUGGAGGGUGAAACAGAGCCGUCAAACUCGUUAGAGUUAGAAUUUGUUUAUGAUCCGAACUUCAAGAACAGUGUCAACUAUUCAUUCACUGCCGUUCAGAUCCCUACCGACAUCUAUAAGGGUGCUCCAGUUAUCCUGAAUGAGCUGAACUGGACCCAGGCACUGGAGAAGGUGUUUAUGGAGAACAGCAGGGAGGACCCUUCCCUCCUCUGGCAAGCCUUUGGCAGCGCCACAGGUGUCACCAGAUACUACCCAGCUACCCCAUGGAGAGUGCCGGAUAAGAUUGACCUUUAUGAUGUCAGAAGGAGACCCUGGUACAUUCAAGGCGCCUCGUCUCCAAAGGACAUGGUCAUUCUGGUGGAUGUGAGUGGCAGUGUGAGCGGGCUGACCCUGAAGCUCAUCAAGGCAUCCGUGAUGGAGAUGCUGGACACCCUGUCUGAUGACGACUAUGUCAAUGUGGCCCGAUUCAAUGAGAAGGCUGAGCCGGUCGUGCCCUGCUUUGACCACCUGGUGCAGGCCAACGUGCGCAACAAGAAGAUCUUCAAGGAUGCCGUGCAGCAGAUGCAGGCCAAGGGCACCACCGAGUACAAGUCCGGCUUCCACUUCGCCUUCGACCAGUUACUCAACAAGACCCAGGUGCCUCGAGCGCACUGCAAUAAGAUCAUCAUGCUGUUUACAGACGGAGGAGAGGAUCGCGCACAGGACAUUUUUGAGCAGUACAACUGGCCUAACAAGACAGUUCGGGUGUUCACAUUCUCUGUGGGCCAGCACAAUUAUGACGUCACCCCACUUCAGUGGAUUGCUUGUGCUAACAAAGGAUACUAUUUUGAGAUCCGGUCCAUCUGUGCCAUAAGGAUUAACACACAGGAGUAUCUGGACGUUCUUGGGAGGCCCAUGGUGUUGGCUGGGAACAUUGCCAAGCAAGUGCAGUGGACAAAUGUCUAUCAGGACGCACUGGGUUUAGGCCUGGUGGUGACUGGGACUCUGCCUGUCUUCAAUAUGACCGUGGAGGGAAACUCACGGAACCAGCUGAUACUGGGAGUGAUGGGCAUCGAUGUACAUCUGGAUGAAAUUAAGAAGCUCACACCUCGCUACAAUCUUGGGGCUAAUGGAUAUGUGUUUGCCAUCGAUUACAAUGGCUACCUCCUCCUCCACCCCAACCUCCAGCCUAAGGCUGAAGACCUUCCUGAGCCAGUGACACUUGACUUUUUGGAUGCAGAAGUGGAGGAUGCCAAAAAGGAGGAGAUCCGAAAGCAGAUGAUCGAUGGCACAGGCGGAGAAAUGACAAUAAGGACGCUGAUUAAAUCCAUAGACGAGAAAUACAUUGAUGAGGCUGUGCGAACAUACACCUGGACUGACGUCAAAGACACAGACUAUAGUUUGGGUCUGGUACUGCCACCGUACAGUGAAUACUACCUGCAGGCAGACCUGAGCGAUGUGAUUCUACAGCUGCAGUAUUUGCAGUCUUUGCUGCCAAACUCGUUUGAGUCGGGCGGGCAUAUUUUCCUGGCACCAAGAGAGUACUGCCAGAGUCUCCCCAUCGCUGAGAACAACACGCAGUUCCUGGCUGACUUCAUCUCCUUUGUGGUGAAUCUCAGACCUGAUUCGGAGGACUGUAAUCAAGACCUGAUCCACAAUCUCCUUCUGGACUCUGAGAUCUUGUAUCAGUUGGCUACGAGAGUGUGGAAGAGCAAAGAUCUCAAUACGUAUGGUUUCCUGGCAUUGUUUGCAGCUACUGAUAGUGGGAUAACGCGCAUCUACCCUAAAAUUGCGGCUGACUCCUGGGAAGAGGACCCAGAGCCCUUCAACACCAACUUCUACAGACGCAGCCUGGACAACAAAGGCUACAUGUUCAAGGCUCCCUCCCGCGCCUCCAUGGAUGACCCUCUGAACUCUGAGAACGGCACAGUGGGGAUCCUGGUCAGCACAGCUGUGGAGAUCACCGUUGGGGCCAAAUCUAUGAAACCUGCAGUGGUGGGCGUAAAGCUGGACUUGGAGGCCUGGGUCGACAAGUUCAAGAUUUUGGCCAGCAACGUCUCCGACAGCCGCCAAGGCUCUCACAAGUGUGGGCCUUCCAGAAGCUGUGAGAUGGACUGUGAAGUUAACAGCGAUGAUCUUCUCUGCUACCUAAUUGAUGACGGGGGCUUCCUGGUCAUGUCCAACCAGAGGGAGCACUGGAAAAAGGUGGGGCUGUUUUUCGGUGACGUGGAUCCCAACCUGAUGCACGCCCUCUUCGAGAACUCCAUCUUCUCCCGCCACCAGACCUACCAGUUCCACUCCGCCUGUGAGCCCACCUCCACCAGCCACACCGGAGCAGCGCACAGGAGCAUAUUUGUGCCCUCCAUAGCUGACAUUCUUCGGUUAGCGUGGUGGACUUCUGCAGCUGCAUGGAGUCUGCUGCAGCAGGUGCUGUAUGGACUUACCUUUAGCAGCUGGUUCCAUGUCGAGGAUGCCAUGGCAGAUGGCAUGGAUAUAAGAGGGGGAAGCAGCUGUGUGACCAUUCAGAGCCAGUUCUACUUCACCAACACAACCAAUGCCUACGACAUGCUGCAGGACUGUGGCAACUGCUCAAGAUUGUUCCACUCCAAACGGAUCGAGAACACCAACUUGCUGUUUGUGGUGGCGGAGACCCUGCCAUGUGGAACGUGUGAGGUGGAGCGCCUGACCCUACUCAAGACUACACUUCAAGAGGAAAACCCGUGUGAUGUACUGAAUUCGUCCCGCUAUCGCCGAGGCCCAACCAAAUGCUUUGACUACCACGCACUGGAGAACACCACAGAGUGCGGGUCAGGCUGCUCUCUCCACGCCUCGUUUACUGUGCUCGUUUUGGUGAAGAUCAUUUCAUAUUACCUCACUGUCGGCUCUUGAACGGAGGCCAGUCGCGGAGAACUACUUCAUCUGUUUGCUCUGUGCUCCUACAUUUCCUAAGUUCCCCCAUUCCUGUUUUUGUAGGCCUUCUACAGAACUCAUCCCCCCCCCAUCUUGUCUCCUUUGAGUACCUUUCACCCGUGCCAUCUCCCCGUUCCUCCUCCCAAAGUCCAGUACUGUCCACAUGAUAAUACUGUCUAUGGGAGAACUUUUAGGGGAAAUGUAUGUUUUGAUGAAAAACAAACAUAAGAAAUCUUUGCUGCCAUACGUGUUAGGUAUACUCUGAACUUUGCUUGCCAAAUUGAAAACGUUGAAAGGGGUCUAGGGAUAGGAAUAGUGUGAAAUUGUCAACAGCUGGUCUGACAAUGGUUAUGACUAAGAAUCAUAGUAAUAAUAAUGAUAAUUUAUUGUGCAUUAUGCAUUUUGUGCGGUUAUUUAAAAAUUGUUCGUUUUGGUUGUAGUUCUAGAAUGUCUGUUUUUUGUUUGAUAAAAUCAGGCUGUAUGAAUUUAAUAUUUUUAAAUUAUUAUUAUUUAUUUGUUUUGAUCAGAUCGCUUCUUUAAACUUACCACCUUUAGUCUCUAGACAGCUCCUUGCCUGGUGGUUCACACGUAUCAUUUCUGGUUUCAAGAGAAGAAAAAGGGGAUUUGUCAAGAUGCGUAAAAAAAAUGUUUUGUCUCAUCAUUUUUCGCAAAACUGUUUGUAGAAUGUUUCCUAGGACGUGUAUAAAGAUAUAUAUGACGUCUGCCUGGUGUGCCAACCACCCUGAUGUGCCUUGGUGCACUGCUCUCCGGUUGAUGAUGAUGAUGGAUGUUGGGCUUUGGUAAUAAUUUGGCUUCCAGAGUUACUUUGUGGACAUUAUCAGUCACCACGAAAGCACUUUGUAUGACCACUAAUCACAACUGUAACUUCUGAUCAAAAUCAAAUCAUUCUAAGACCAUGUGCAAAUAGCCCAGGAAAGAAAAAAAACUAGAAUGAACAAACAAAUGUAUUGUCAACAUGUACAGGUGUGUCUUCAUGCCAGAUGAGGACAGGAAGAUGAGCCAGUGGAUAUUUUGUCAGACUGUCAAUGUAUGCCUCAGAAGCCACACUGAGGAGAAUGUGUGCAAGAUUAGCCUGAUGGCUAUUGUUACCCAUCAUGUUGAGGGCAGAGACCACACAUGGGGGACUCAAGAUGACACUCAUAAUGGUGGAAACGAGGCCCAUGUUUUCCUAUCGAAGCACAGUGCCCCAUCUAUUGGACUGCAAGAUGGACCUUGGGCUGUUUUUGUUUGUUUGUUUGUUCGUUUUGCUUUCUCCAUUUGAAAUAGUUUUUGGACUGUGAACAUAUGAAUAUAUUUGCUGCAUGAUUAAAAGGAAGGGGUCUGACUUGUUAGGAUAUUGAGAAGCACGUUUUGAAGUUACCCUAACCACUGUUUUCAGAGAUAGUGAUCAUUUUUCUAGAAAGGGUUGAAUUUAAAGUGAGGAUGCUAAUUUGUAUUCCGCACACAGUGCAAGCCAACUUCAUAAGCUGUAGUAAAGAGGCACAGUUCAAAUCUUUUGACUUUUGGCUCCAUAAUUUAAAGGAGAAAUUUGGCAAGAAUCAACCCACAAUCCUGUAGCUUGAGUGCUAUAGAUGGAUAAUAGGCAGAGACAACUUGAUGCAUGAUACAUAGACCAAACAAUGAUCAGUAACCUGACACUUUCAAGCUGAGGCACAGAAACUGUAUUUCAGAGUGAUUUCUGCGUGCCCCAUUCACUCAGUGUUGGCUACCAGUUCGGUAUUUAGUCUAUGUUGCAUCCUGUUCUCUCCUUCUUUUUCCAACCAAGCAGCAUUCUGUCACCUCGAACUGUAAGGUUUGCGCAUGGAUUGACUUUAACCAAAGCUCUCCUUUAUCAAGGUGUCAUGUUUACUGCAUUUUGAUUGACUACAAGAGGUCUGCACUGACCAAGAUAGCUGUAUUGCAUGUUGUGAAUACAGAUACAGUGAAAUGCAAAUCGUGAUGACCAAAUCAGCUUAACUUUAUAAGCACAGUGUAGCCUAAUUUAUUCAUGACCUGGUUAACCUUAUUUUUGCCAUUUGAUUAAGGAAGACCUGAACAUACAGUAUUUUCGUCUAAUUUUGAAGGAUGGAUGUGCUAGAAUCUUGUGUUGGUUGUAAAAAAUGUUAAGCCAAGAUGAGAAGAUAAGAUCUACUGUUGGGAAAUUGUUAAAUGCUAAGUGGUAUAUAGUGGUACAAUUUUAAGGGUCUUUUUUCAUUUAAGACAUAUUCUUUGCCUAUUCCUUCCUUAACCUUGGCUGAGCGUUUGUUGUGUGAAAUGUGAAUAUUCAAACUGUGACCGUGCGUUUACGCUUGUUCUCUCUCUCUUUCUCUCUCUCUUUCUCUCGCUGAACUCUUACUAUCUCUGAGUAAUACAUAAGGAAGAUAGUUUUUUUUUCUAUCAAAGGUUUUCAUUAGUGUUGUAUGCAAAUCAAGAUUUAUGGGGGGUCUUUGUCCCUCUUUGUUUAUUGUUAUGUUUUUAAUGAUGUGUCGUUUGUAAAGGGGCAUAGCUCCUCUUUUCAGUCUUCCGACUCACUUCAUUUUUUUGUACAGAGGCACAAAACAAUGGAGGAAAAAGGCUAACUUUGUAAAAUAAUAUGUAGGUCACAACAAUGUUUAUAAGAGAAACUGGUGAUUUAAAGAUGUCAUAUUUUUCACUUCAA